AGUCACCACGACAGCCUGUUCCUGUAAGAAGUGUGAGUGAAUUCAAGCUCUGCAGAGGAAAGCAAGGGGAGGAUGACCCAGAUGCGUCCUCCUCCCCCUUGCUGACUAUGCAGCACCCUGUCCACCUCUCCUCCUUCGGAUCCCUCUCCCUCGGAGUAGGGAAGUUCUUAGGGACUCCAAGGAGGCCGGGGUUGAUAGAGGGCAGGGAUGGAGACUAGCGCCCGGGAAUGGGAGCGGGGUGGGCAGCGCUGGAGAAUAACGCCCAGGAACCUGGGCUGCGGAGCCCCAGACUCCCGGGAAAGUCCAGCAGUCUAGAGAAGCUGGGCUUAGAGGCGCCCCUCUUUGAAGAGUUCUCAGGAAGUUUGGGGGAGGGGCGAGUCGCUCACUCCCGUAGAAAGCGAGCGGGAGGGCGAGGAGGGACCUCAGUGGCAGCAGGUCUCGGAGCUGUCACGUUCCUGCUCACGGGCGGGGCUGGUGCUCCUGGCGGGGUCUGCGGACCGGAGAGGGCCGAGGGCAGAGCGCGCGCCGGCAUGGAGGGACUGGUCCUGCUCAACGCCCUGGUCACCCGGCUGCUGUUCUUUCUGCACUCGCUCAUUGGGGUCUGGCGAGUGGCCGUGGUGAAGAAGGAGCCGAGGUACUGGCUGCUGGCGCUGCUCAACCUCUUGCUCUUUCUGGAGACUGCGCUCACCCUCAAGUUCAAGCGCGGCAGAGGCUACAAAUGGUUUUCACCAGCCAUAUUUGUGUAUCUGAUUAACAUCGUCCCAUCAUUGUGGAUUCUUGAAGUGCAACAUGGGAACCAGUAUUGUGGUAGCCAAUCUGAAGGAAUGUCGCAGAAUACCAGCAGCAAAGAAGACUUCAAUCAAACUCUGAUGUCAAGUGAACAAGCCCAUGGAGGCGAUAGUCUCAUUGAGACGGCCAAAGUGUUUGUAAAUAACUUAUCUACAGUAUGUGAAAUGCUAAUGCUAAUAAUUGGAAGAUGGCUUCUACCUAUUGGAGGCACAAUCACUCGGGACCAACUCUCUGAACUUCUUCUUUUGUUUGUGGGGACAGCUGCUGACAUACUGGAAUUCACAAGUGAGACUUUGGCAGAAAAUACUGUGAGGAAUAACCCUAGCCUAGUCUAUGGCAUCCUUUGUAUUUGGACCUGGAGCAUGCUUCAGUUUCCACUUGACCUGGCAGUUCAGCAUGUCGUGUGCCCCUUGUCUCUGAGGGCGAGGGGGUUCCCCAGCCUGUUCUUUUGCCAGUACAGUGCCGAUCUGUGGAACAUUGGAAUCAGCGUCUUCAUACAAGACGGUCCCUUCCUCAUCGUGCGUCUCGUACUGAUGGCCUAUUACAAGGUUUUCAACCAGAUGCUGGUGUUCUUUGCGGUAAAGAAUUUCCUCGUGGUGAUGUUACACCUCUACCGCCUGGUUGUCCUGGCACUGGGCGCCCGUGCCUCUCUGCGAAGGCAGCCAGAGGUCCUGAAAGGAGAGCGGGGCGGCCCAGCCGAGCCCGUGGAGAGUGGGAUCGCCCCUGGGGCCUGGGAGGGUGGCUCCAAGGAGGGCGUGGCUGUGCCUUUGCGGGCCUCGCCAGGCACCUCGGAGGACUCGCCCCCCACCCCGUAGUUAGUUAUGGGCAGCCGCAUGCUUGACGCCCCAGUUCUUCUUAGGAACAGAACCUCCCUCUGUUCUUCGAAACCUUACAUGUAGUAAUUUUCAAAAGAACAACAAAAAGGGUCCUGAACCCGUCAAAAUGAUAUAAGCACAGCCACUCUGGAAUGGGGCAGGAGCUGCCAGGCCAGAGGAACUGCCUUGCAGGUCAUGUGCCUCACACUUUGGGAUGUUAACACAGGACAGAACAGCCUCUGGACCGAGCCUAACGCAACCACGUGUCCCAAAGAAGCGUUUGCAAGGAUAGUAAGAACUACCGGACUGAUGGCUACCUGACCAAAAAUUAAAAACAUUUUUAGAAUUAGCGGCACUAUGUUAUCUGCACCAAUAGAAAGGCCUCUCUUCUAUUGAUGUAAUGGUUCCCUUUUCCUUUCUCAUAAAUACCCUUUGCCAUUGUCUCCUAAUCAGAGCACGAUUUGGGCUUCGGCCUGAAUCAAUGCAUUCUGAGGAGCUUUUUUUAUUGAUCUCAAAUAAAUGCUUGUUGCCUUUCACUUUGAAAGGCUUUUACUUUUAGGUAAUCAAGCCGAAGCUGAGAAGUUCUUUUUCUUAAACUGAAUGAAAAGAACUUUGAUUAGUGGCUAUUGUUACAAUUUGUGUGAUGGUAUCAGAUGUUAUAGUUGUUCAACAACUAAGUGAUUUGUUUGUCUUGAACUGUCUGACAAGCCUAUGGACAGGGUUACAACGACAUGCCCUCAAGAGACUGAGUGCAGACAAACCGUCCGGGGCUGUUACCUGAAAACAGAGGAGCUUUCAACCUUGGCUCCAUUGUCAGACUGUCUCCUCUGAUCUUUUCUGCAAUGUCCCUCUGACAUUAAAAAAAAGAGAAAAAAACUACAUUCAGUGAAUGCAGAACAAAUAAAGGAAAAUGUGCCUUUAACAUUACCUCACUGGGGGCUGGAAACAGUGAAAAUCUCUGCCCAGCUUCUCUGCACAGACCUUCCCGGGAAAAUCAUUCUUCUGGGCUGAUGUGGCAUUCUGUCAUGGCGCAUAUGCUCUUACAGAAAUUUUAUCGCUUCUGGCUGGGGCACUGCAAAAUUCACAGCAAGCCAUUUCAGCUACAGAUCCACCGGUUGCGAGGCAGGAAAUACUGGUCAUGCCGCGAAGUCACAAUUUCCACUCAGAACGUGAUUGGCGGCAUUUGUCAGUAUUUUCUUAACUGCACGUCACCGUUUUCUGCAUAGCCAAGUCCAAUCAUGUGGGCUGACGCGAGGAAGCACUGCAGCAGUGCGGAACGGGGCUACAGGCCCUUUAAGGGUGACCCUAGUUUCUGGUGCCUGCCAGCAGUCCGAACUGCCACUGCUGGAGAUGGCCUCUGGUCCAGGGAAGAUGUUGGGGACAGGGCUUACAUCGGUUCUACACACUGCCAGCAGCCCUUGAUUAGUGACGGGGUCAGAAGUAGUGUAGCACAGCAUUGCAGAAAUCGGGAAAUUCAUUUUUCUACCCUGCGUUAAGAGUUCAUUUCCCCAAUAUUGUCAUAGUCACACUUUUCCUUUAUAUACUGCUAUACAUUUCAGAUGGAGGUGACUCAGAACCUUUUAAAACAAUGUUUGCUUUUAAAGAUACAGCAGGAAAAUUUACCUGGCUGUAUCACAGUAAUUAUAUGAGGCAAACAGUGCCAAACCGUCCUUUUGGGGUUCAAAGCACAGUUCCUCCUGUUACUAUGCUCAGGAACUCAAAGAGACCCUGCUAAAGAUAAGGCAGGGGAUGUCCCUAAGGUGGGUGGGACUUAAUGACAAUUAAUUGGGACAAUUUGAUCUAUAAAUCUCUAUGGCAUGACAUCUGUUCAAAAGAUUUGAUUAAAAGUUCCAUAGGCAUUUUUUUGUUUUUAUAUAGAGAAAUGAAUAAUUUCCAAUUAUUGGUUUCUUCAGUGCCUGAUAUCAUGUUCCUAUUUCUUUCUUUUCUCCCAUGUGUUUCUAAUUUUAACAAUAUGAUUGUAAAAUUACACAUGAAACUAAUGGGAUCCAUUUAUAAUUUUCCAUAAUAAUUUUAUGAAAAAUCAGGAAAUCAUAUCUAUCUAAAGGAAGAAACUUGACAAUUUUUAAGGGCUUGUUAUUUAAAAUGCUUCGCAAUUGAAAGCAAAAUAAUAGCUGCUAUUUAUAAAACCGCCUCCGCAGAAUCUGUUUUUAUGUUGACUGUUUCAUGGUGAAUGUUUUCCUCCACAACAUGUAUGUGCUACUUAUUACUGCAGAUUUGCUCAUGGCAUACUUUACAUGUUUUAAUUUUUUCUUCCAGCAAAACAAACAUUGGGGCUCUAAAAAUAGAUGAGUAUAAAGUAAUACGGGCUGUUGCAAGGAUAUUUUUAAAUGCUUUCAAAUCUGAGACUUGGCUUGGCUUUGUGAAUGAGUUUCUAGCGUUUUAGUAAAGUAUUUUGUAAUUAGCACUCCUCUGAAGGCCUGGAAAUGUAAAGUCCAGAGUCUAGCUUCAUUUGGAGCCCCAAGAAGGCAAAGAGCACCCAGGACCAUCCCAGCAAUCAAUGGUGAAAACACAGGAACAUUUUCCAGGAAAAUCCGCCAAAGGCAUCCUUUGUGCACCUAACUGCCAGCAUUCCCACCCUUUUGAAUUUAGUGUUUUUACUGCACAAAGAAUAUCUCUUUUCAUUGAGCUUAUUUAAAAAUAAAACUUAAGUCCAGGGUUUAUCUCUAGGACCCCUCAUGAAAAAUUAAAAAGUUAUUGUUACUGUACUUCUUUAUUGUAGAUUGUCAAACAUGGUAAUGUUUGAAAACAUCCAAUUGUUCACUAGGAAGUGUCUAGAACAACAGUUACAUCCCAUAAGUUGAUAUCUUGGGACUUGUCUCCUUGUAAUUUGCAAUAAGUGCCUCAGAUCAUCUGUAUACUGUGACGCAGGCCAUACCUCUGUACCACCCCCUACAGACACAUGCCAAUCCCCCAACCACUGAAGAAAGUGAUUUAUUUGUUAUUGUUGUUGUAUUUUAACUGCUUGAUGAAAGCUCAAUCACAUGUCCUCCCUCAGAACAUAGCUCACUUGUGAGAAAAUACAGUGUGCAUGUUUUACAUACAGUGUGCUGUGUAAAAACUCACCUCUCAACCACCUUGUUGGUGUUGUUCCCCUCCCUAGCUGGGUCUCAGAGGACCUGACUUGGCAUUGCAAGAUGAGUGAUCUGUUUUUGUCUUUGAUGACUUUGUUAAUUUUUAUUGAAGCUGAUACAGACAACAUACGAAAAUAAAAACUUUCAUUGUCAAUAACAAUCUUUUUAAUCUUCCAAAAUGAGAUUGUUAUACCAAUGUGUCAAUUGGCUUUGCAGCAGUUCAUAGCAGCACCUCAGGAUUUGUAGACCAGAGAGACAUAGCUAAGAAAAAUCAGGAUUCACUAUUAUUAUAUUGAUUAUUAGCUUAAGAGCAAAUUUUCAAAGCCAUGGGAAGGCAUGAGUUGUAGGUGUGCAUGCUUUAGGAUUUCCAUCCAGGUUUCAGAGUUCAACACUGAAUUUUAUUAUCUUUGGCAUUUCAUCUCAAUGACUCUUAAUCAACUCUCCUGUUAAAAGAAACGAUUGCAAGGGGCCAAGUCUCUGUCCAGGCUCACUCUACUGCCAGGAAAAUGAGAUACUGAAAUAUUACAGAGCCUCAGAGAAGUAAGAGAAAAACCAAACAAUCCUGAAUUAUAAGAGGAGAUUGUUACACUUUUUCUAAUUUCAGACUUGGCUUUUUUACUUAAAAGACAUUCUGAUCCACUGUCAGAAACAUCUGAUUUGGGGUUAAACUAGGCAGCUGGUGGAUGUUUAGAUCUCCUAGGCUUCAAAUAACGUUUCAUAUGAUGGGAGUUAUUCUAAACAAUGUUUUAAUAAUCAACCGCUAUAACCUUAUAUCUUAUGAAUGUUCAGCCUCUGAAUAUUUUAUAUGAAUAUUUUCUCUUUAAUUACUCAUAUUUAUACUAUUUUGCAAUGAAUGACAUUUGUAUUUUAUUAUAUAUACAUUAAAUAGUUUGUUUAC